AUGGAUCCGUCCUAUGUUGCAGAGCCAUUUGACCAUCGCGCCACUAAACCUGCUGAAAAGGAAGACGAUGAAACACUGAACAUCAGCAUUGGGCAUCUGGAUGUCGCGCCAUAUUGCUGCCACCCGAAGGCAGCCGCCGUAUCUAAGCUCAUAUCCCACGCCACGGAACUAAGCAUUCUGAAACGCGAAGUUGCCCAGCUGGUGCGACACGAUCCGGCCACGCAUGCGGAGCCGACCGUUGGAGAGCUUGCAGAAGCCCUUCGUGUGUGCUUGCUGGUCUCCCAAAGUGAAGUUUUCGUGCGCGAGUGCAAGGCCCUUCUUAACGGAACCGAAAUUCCUCGAAAUUCAGUGCUGCGGCGUGUUGGCCCAUACAUCGAUCCGGAUUGUGGCUUAAUGAAAGUGGACGGAAGGUUGGAGCACGCCGAACUCCCGGCGCGCACUCGUCACCCAACUAUAAUUGCACCGAACCACCCGAUGACCAGGUUAAUCAUAGAAGAUUGUCACCAAAAAGUGCGGCACUCCGGCGUUGAGCACACCUUAAGCAUCUUGCGCAAGCAAAAUUAUCUCCCCCAGGGUCGCAGGGCCAUCCGUCGGGCAUUGAGAAAAUGUGUCAAGUGCAAGCUCUUACGUUCCCUGCCCCAAGCACCGAAAAUGGCAAGCCUACCAAAAGAACGUCUUCAGGCUUUCCUUCGCGUUUUUACAAAUGUCGGCCUCGAUUGUUUUGGGCCAUUCCAGGUCGUAAUCGGAAGGCGAUCAGUUAAAAGAUAUGGCCUUCUUAUCACCUGCCUUUCCUCUCGUGCGGUGCACCUGGAGGUCCUCGACUCAAUGGAUGCUGAUUCCUUCAUCAUGGCCCUUCGCCGGUUCAUUUCCCUCCGCGGCAGUCCAGCCGUCGUAUAUUCGGACAACGGCACGAAUCUGAAGGCAGGCGGCAAGGAGCUCGCCGAAGGAAUCAAAAACUUAAACUCUAUUCGCGUAUCAGGAGAAAUGGCGGACCGUGGAAUUGACUGGCGGUACUCGCCACCAACCGGCUCACACUACGGCGGAAUUUGGGAGCGGCUAAUUGGCUCCAGAAAGGCAGCAUUGCGUGCCAUUCUCGAGACCCGCUCAGUUAACGACGAAGUGCUGCGCACCGUGUUUGCCGAAGUUGCGUCGCUCUUAAACAGCCGACCCCUCACCCAUGUUCAAACGGACCCGAAUGAGCCCGAGCCGCUGACCCCGAAUCAUUUUAUGCUUGGUGGACCGCACCCUCAUCGUGCACCCGAUCGAGAAGAAGCAUUUGACGGACUAACGAGGCGUCGCUGGAGGCAGGCCCAGUUUAUCGUCGACCAGUUCUGGCGACGAUGGAUGAGAGAAUAUCUUCCCAGUCUCAUCGAGCGCAAGAAAUGGGAAAAAUCAGUUCGUCCUCUUUUAGUCGGCGACAAGGUCCUAAUAAUGGACGAGAACAACAAGCGAGGAGAAUGGUUAAUGGGCUCGAUCGUGGCCGUUCACCCGAGCCACAACGGAGUCGUGCGGAAAGCAACAGUCAAAAUGGCUAAUUCUGUGUUAAUCCGACCCACUGUUAAACUCUGUUAUAUUUCAGGUCAGCGCCCGGAGUAA